UCCGAAGACGUCCGGGUUUCCAACGUGACUUCCGGUUGUCAGAAUUUCCCCCAGACGCGGCGGCGGCCGACGGGAAGCUGUGUGGGCUUAGGUCGUGGUGGCCCGGGUGGUGGUGGGCUCCGGGCGGGCUCGCGUCAUCCUGCCCCCGCUGCGAUGCAUCCGCGGCGCCCGGACGGAUUUGAUGGCUUGGGCUACCGGGGUGGUGCCCGGGACGAGCAGGGCUUUGGCGGCGCCUUCCCUGCAAGGUCCUUCAGCACCGGGUCGGACCUGGGCCACUGGGUGACGACUCCCCCAGACAUCCCCGGCAGCCGCAACCUGCACUGGGGCGAGAAGAGCCCGCCCUACGGCGUGCCCACCACCUCCACCCCGUACGAAGGCCCCACGGAGGAACCCUUUUCCAGUGGCGGCGGCGGCAGUGUGCAGGGGCAGAGCAGUGAACAGCUGAAUAGAUUUGCUGGAUUUGGUAUUGGACUUGCAAGUCUCUUUACAGAAAAUGUAUUGGCACAUCCUUGCAUUGUUCUACGCCGCCAAUGUCAGGUUAAUUACCAUGCUCAGCAUUACCAUCUCACUCCAUUUACAGUCAUCAAUAUUAUGUACAGUUUCAACAAAACUCAGGGACCUAGAGCCCUGUGGAAAGGAAUGGGAAGUACAUUUAUUGUCCAGGGAGUCACACUUGGAGCAGAAGGCAUAAUUAGUGAAUUUACACCUUUGCCAAGGGAGGUUUUACAUAAAUGGAGUCCUAAACAAAUAGGAGAACACCUUCUACUGAAAUCCCUAACUUACGUGGUGGCAAUGCCUUUUUAUUCAGCAAGUCUGAUUGAAACAGUGCAGAGUGAGAUAAUUCGAGAUAAUACUGGCAUUUUGGAAUGUGUUAAAGAAGGAAUUGGAAGAGUGAUAGGCAUGGGAGUGCCUCAUAGCAAACGACUUCUUCCGCUUCUUUCCUUGAUCUUCCCUACGGUGCUUCAUGGAGUUCUUCAUUACAUCAUCAGCUCAGUUAUUCAGAAGUUUGUCCUACUAAUUCUAAAGAGAAAGACUUACAAUAGCCACCUAGCUGAGAGCACUAGCCCUGUGCAGAGUAUGUUGGAUGCUUAUUUUCCAGAACUUAUUGCUAACUUUGCUGCCAGUCUUUGUUCUGACGUUAUACUUUACCCAUUGGAAACAGUUUUGCACCGCCUUCACAUUCAAGGAACACGCACAAUAAUUGACAAUACAGACCUUGGCUAUGAAGUGCUUCCAAUUAAUACACAAUAUGAGGGAAUGAGAGACUGUAUCAAUACCAUAAGGCAGGAAGAAGGAGUGUUUGGUUUUUAUAAAGGGUUUGGUGCUGUUAUAAUACAGUACACACUGCAUGCAGCUGUUUUACAGAUUACCAAAAUUAUUUACUCUACACUUCUUCAAAAUAACAUUUGAGAUUUAGGUUCCUUCACUGAGUAGUCUGGAAGAUAUAAUCUGGAUAAUUUGCUAUGAAGUUAUGAGGGAUAAAAGUGAAAUACUGGGGAAGAAAAUGGAUUGGAAAGUAAAAUUGGUACUAAAGCCCAUACUGAUUAUCUUGACUUUGUUUUUUAAGGCAUAGGUAUAUAUUUUGGAUCAAAAUUCUUCCAAAUUUGAAAACUCAAUAAAAAUAACACUUAUUAAAUUCUAGUUAGUGUAGCACUCAUGCUGAAGUAAACAUGAUCGUAGGCAGAAGCAAAAUUUUAUUAUAAAAUCUAAAACAAAACUUUAUAGAGUUGAAUCUAUUCCAUCUGACUUCAAUAUUUGCCAAACGUUUAUUUUACCUCCUAGAUUGAUGUUGGUAUAGUAUCCUUAAUACAGUGUAGUAUAUUAAUGUCCUUAAUACAAUCAGGAGGUUUUUACCUUUAAGCAAAUAAAUUAUGUCAUUAUUGAAAAAGACUUAAGGGAUGAUUAGACUUGGCAAUCUGUAAGCAGGUGUAUAAAUGUUUUAAAUUGCAUUGUCCCUAUGUAACUAUCCUAAUGGCUAUAUAUAUGUAUUUUAUAAAGCCAUUUAUGUAUACACAUGUAACUUGGAAUUUCCUUCAUCCCUACACAUUUUCUACACUUACAUCACCUUAUUGCAUAAAACAAAGUCAUGCGCUUUCUGCUUGAACAUCAAAAUAUCAAAAGCCAAGGUACCCAAAAGAUACAAGUCAGAGACAACAUCCUUGUCCAUAUCCAAACCCAGUGUUUCAGUGCUAGCAACUUAAUUUCUCAUACAUUUAUAGAGUUUGGUUUGCUUUGCUAGUUGUGUGAAUCAUUGGGCUGUUUUUAGAGCCACUGUUAAGAGAGAAUAUAAAAUAAUCAUGACAAUUACUACUGUUUCCACAUUUACAAAUUGUGUACUUAAAUGAACCUCAUUUCCCUUUUAUUUCUGAAUGGCUUGUCUGAGAGGAAACAAAAUUAAAAUUCAUCUGGGAAUUUGUGCCUCUUAUCUACUAUAUAGUCACCACUAAAUAAUGGCUUCCGUUUUUAUUUUCUUUCAGGUUUUGCUUUAAAUUUUGUUUUCCAAAAUAGAUGUACGUGGAGGGAAAAGCAAUUAUUCUUAUCACCUUUUAUUUAAACUUCUUUAGAUGAAUACUGAAGAAAAAUCCAAACCUUAAAGGAAAUGUGCCCUUGUAUUUUAUGGGUGAGGGGAAAAAGUACAUUUGUACAUUUCAACAUAUAAUAAGCAAAAAAAUUACUAACCAGUUUAAUAAAAACAUUUUGUCUAUUCCUAAAUGUAAUUUGGUGGGUUAAGCACUUUGUGUAGUAAAAUGAUAUGUGUCUGCUCUAUCAUUAGACAUUUUAAAGUUUCAUGUCUUCACAUGAAUAAUCACAGUUGUAUCAUGAACCAUUUAGCACUCUGAAGCACAGUGACUUUGCACUGAUAUUGUCCAACCAAGAAUGCAUACGAAUAGAAAUUCAUUUUACUUGCUAAAUGUCACAGAAAUGGUUACUUUUUGCAAAUAGUAGUGUUGGAACAAAAAAGUGAUAUCCAAAAAGUGUAAAAACAGUAAUAAGUAGCAAAUCUCUCGUGUGUGUGGGUGUAGUUACUGAAACACCUACAUUUUCCAUUUUUAAAUUCCACCAAAAGGGGGAAAACAAAAUUAAACACCACUGAUCACAUUUUAUAUUUUAUGGUGACUAUUUUAGAUUAAGGUUUACUUUGUCCAACCAAUAGCAUUUAAAUUGUUUUCAAUUAGGAUAGUUUCAGAUAAGAGUAAACCAGAAAAUUUCAAGUUUGAAAAAUUUCUAGAAAAGAAUCUGAAUAGAAUCAAGUAUUUACUAGUGAAAAUCUGUAGGAUCCUUUGUUUAGCUAAAAAUUAAAUAUUUCAGGAUAUUUUUUGGAAGUUAGCAUGAAAAUAGUUAGUUACAUAAAUUCAUUUUAUUGUAGAAUAAUUAUAAGACCGAUAGGCUGAACCACACACAAAUAAGGUUGAUCUUGUUUUCCUUUUUGGAGAAAGAGAAUACAAAUUAACAUUAAAAUUGAAAUGUAGAAAGUAAAAUAUGAAUAAUUUUUUACAACCACUCCAAAUUAGUUGAAACAAAAUCUUGAACAGUCACGCACUUAAAUUUAAGCUAGCCAAAUAUGUUGCACUGAAUUUUGAAAAGAAUGAGUGAGAUAACUGUAAGAUACGCUCGUUCCCUUUUAAAAAUUGUUGUUUUUCUUUAACAUGGGUGCCAAAUAUGUUGCACUGAAUUUUGAAAAGAAUGAGUGAGAUAACUGUAAGAUACGCUCGUUCCCUUUUAAAAAUUGUUGUUUUUCUUUAACAUGGGUGCCAAAUCAAAUAUCCAUGGGCUAUACUUCUUAAGAUAAUAACAGCUCAAAAUAAUAUUUUUUAAUUCAGUAGAACUAAUAGCUUUAUGGAAAAGAUUCUAUUAAAUGUUCCACAGGCCCACUGGUCCUCUUAUAUAAGCCAAAUUUUGGCCAUGGAGCUUGUGAUACACUUGCCUUACAUUGUAGGGUUUCUUAAUUUGAGUCAAGUACACUGAAAGCAAUUAAAAACUGGUAAAUAUUAAUUUACUAUGUAAAGUGAACUUACGAAUUAACUUACUAAAUACAUAUAUGUAGACCUUCCCGAAAUGCCAUUCUCAAUUUUAUUUUAUGGGCUCUAAAAAAAAUUAUCUGGGUUAAUAAGGUUAUCUAUUAAAGCCCCCAGAAUCUCAGCACUAGAUGUUAUAAAUAUGAAAUGGUAAAAACAAGGUCACUUGAAAAUGGGUAUUUGAUACCUUAGCUGGUGUUUUCAGAAGCAUACAGAACUGGAAAGGUAAGAACUUGCUUACUAUUGCAGAUAUACCUGACCACUCACAACUGUCUUUUUAGCAGCGGCUUUCUUAAAACUGCACAAAGCAUUCACUUUAUUGAUUGAGUACAAAUGCUUUAGUGUUUCUACCUAAGUAUUAGUACAUCUGUUCAGGAAAUGAAAAAAAAAUGCUGCUUAAAUUUGUUUUAUCAACUGAGGUUGUGGAGGAUUUUUGUCCACUGAUCUUUUGCAACAGAAAAGCAUACUUUGUCAGCUUCUAAUAAGAUAGCCAGGUUUGAAUUAUUUGCAAAAUUUAUAUAAGCAAAUAAGAUCUCUUGGUAACAAUUCACAUUGCACUAGAAUUUGAAUGAUACUGUUGUUGGCAUUUCUGUUUCUCUUUCAAGUAGUUGUAAAUAAUCUCUUUUUCUCAUAUAAACGGAAUGCAUAAUGUCUUACUCUUGAGUCAUUUAGUAUCAUUGAUAUGGUACCAAGUUGUAUAGCAGAGUAACAAAAUCAUGAUUUGACAAUGAAAUUUACAUAUUGCCUCACCUAGAGAUGUUUUGUCUGUAUGACUUUUUUUUUUUUUAAAGUUUGUCUUACUGUUACUUUAAAUGUUUUGGGUAAAUUGUGUAAAAUGAAAAGUUCAAUAAAAUGUUGAAAUAAA